GAUUACAGCCGGCACAUAUUUAUAAGAAGACCUCUUCACUGAUCUCUUGCACACAAUGAUGUGUAUUUAUGUGUGUUUUUGACUGUAAACAUCAAUAAAUGAUUAAUUCUUUGUACACACACUAUAAUUAUGUGUGCGCGUUGUGUAACACACCAACUUUGGCUCCUCUGCUUUAAUAAAUGUAUUAUAUGGAAAAUAAUUGUAUGUCCCGUGAUUAAAGGCGUGAAUUUUAUAGAAAAUUAACAUUUGAUUUCAACACAGCGAUGUUUCAUUUCGAGCUCAAGUCUGAAAACAUAAGAAGAAUUGAACAAGUAACCUAUAUUAGUCAUCUAACAUUUUAAAGAUGAAGAGUUUCGAAAAUGCAUCAAACUGAGAGUGAUGAAAGCAGCUUUUUGUGUGUUCAGAUUACACAAGAUAUUAAGAAUGCAGUUUAUGCUCAAGAAGUGGAUAAAAUUCUCAGAACUCUCACAUCAUCCACAGAGUCAGAAGACUUGAAAUCUGCUUUAUGUAAAUUGAAAGAAAUUUAUGAGAUAGCUCCAAAACACUUAGAAGAGUAUCAAGUCCCUAAUGCUGUUUUGUCAGCUAUGAUUCAUGUAGCUAAUGAGAAGGAUGUCCAGCUGCUAGGGCUGGAGAUGAUGAAUAUUUUCAUGGUGGAAAGUCCAGUAUUUUAUGAUAAAAUAUGCAGGCUUACUGGCCUUUUCAAUCAUGCCAUAAAGCUACUCUGUGAUGAUAGCAUGGACCUUAUGGGAGUCUACUCAAGAGUUAUAACCCUGAUUGCUAAGCUGCUAAAGUCUGAUCAUUUGAAAAUACACAUCUCUCACAAUAAUUUCUGGUUGAAACUUAUGGAAAGAGUCAUGCUGGGCCUUAAAAGUUUCUGUUCUGAUGUCUGCAGUGUUGUUGAAUCCCUCCAAGUUCUGGCUUUUAUUCUGAAGCAAGAUGCUGAUCUUAGAGAUGUACUUGCAGAGAAAUAUAGAGUACAGUAUAUUGAGCUUUUCAAAGUGUAUGAGCAGAGCAGUCAAUUUAUUAAGAAUUAUUUGAGAACACUUCGGAUACUUUCAAAGAACACUACAGCGAGAAGUCUUGUCAGUUUGUCAGCAAUGAAUCAAGUCUUGUCAAUCAUAGCAAAGUACAAGUCAGAGAAUGAUGUGAUUGAAGAAAGUUUUCUUCUUGUAGAAGUACUAUGCUAUCAUGAUCAUGCCAGAGAAUUUCUGGUGGACAAAGGUUACAUAAUGAGCAUAUUGUUUCCUGAGCUCAGGUCAAGUAGAGAUAAUGUACAGAUACAGAUUUCUGGACUUUGCAUUUUUCUUAUUACAGCUGAUCUGAUGUUUUUGACUGGGUCAUUGUCAGAGCUAGCAUCUCGCUGGCUGGAGCUGAUCUAUCAUGCAAUGUCUAAACACAUGGAGAAAUUAGAAAUACAUCUGUAUGGAUGUAAAGCAUUAUCAAAGCUGCUAGAGUGUCGUCCAGAAGUUUACAUGUGGAUAGGGGAAAGUCCUGACCUGAAGCAGUUUCCUGUCCACACCUUGUGUCUUGGAGCUAUUUUAAUGUUUGGCAAUAACUCUGAUGUCUAUGUUGCUGCAUGCAAGUCUAUUUAUUACCUUACAGCUGACAAUGAUGCCUUGUGUCAAAGUCUCAUGGCUAAAAACUCUCACAUUGCUGUGUUAGAAGGUUUAGUAACGCACAUCACAUGCCCAAAGGCUAUCAUAGCUGGUUGUAAAGCUGUAAGGGGACUGGCAAUAUUUCAGAGUGAUCACAAGCUUAAAAUUGCUCAAUAUGAAUGCGACAUAUUUCCUAUCUUGUUGGAAAUUAUUAAAAAGUUUCAUUCUAAAGUGGAAGUACAAUCAGAGGUUAUUAGUACCAUUGCAUGUUUUGCAGAUAUAGAUAUAAUCCGCCAUCAGUGUUUUGUUGUCAAAGUACAUUUGUAUAUAUUAGAAGCCAUGGACAAUUUUCCUGGAGAUGAAUAUUUACAAGAAGCAGCAAUAGAAGCUAUGGCUGUCUUGGGUGGAGCAACCAAUGGACCUGAAAUUCUAAAUUCACAUCGGGCAAUAGAGAAAAUUAUAAAAAGUCUGAAGAGGUUUCUCCAUAAUGGAGAUAUACAGAAAAAAGGAUUGUGGGCUCUUCAAAUACUCGCUGACUGGCAGCUGGUUGAAUCAACAGCAAUGUGCAAAGAACUAGCACUUAUCAUUCGAUGCACUAUGAAGAAUUAUCCGAACUCUUUAGUUAUUUUGAAAGAGGCCAUUGUCGCCAUGCAAAUAUUAUCAGAAAAGGGAGCUGAAAAAGAUCAGUACAGCAAUAUGGCCUCCAUCUUGGUGGAAAUGGAGUGUCAUGAGCUUUUGUUUCAGAUUCUUGAGAAGUGUGAUGACAAUCAAGGUCUCCAUGACUUAGCCAGUGAGUGUUUGUAUGUGAUUGGCAUUGAGCAAGAUUUGAAAUCUCGGAUGUUACUUACUGCUUGUUCUAAAGGUUUUCUGGCUGGGGCAGAAUGUUUGAUAGAAAUUGGAGCAGAUGUCAAUAUUGGACAUGGAGCAGAAACACCUUUGUAUUAUGCUGUGAAAAACAAUAAUAACAACAUGGUGGAGCUUUUAUUACGUCAUGGAGUGAGAGAUGUAAGGACAGCUCUGAAGCUGAGUCUUGACUGUGGCUAUCACUCUAUUACAGGCAUGUUGUUAGCUUACAUUGGCAGAGACAAAGAGACUGGUACUGUUGUUUGGUCCAACAUACAGCUGUGUGACCUAUACCCUGAGUGGAUUCUACCGACCUUGUUGGAGCGAGACAGAAGCACUCAGUCCUUCUCUAUUACUAGCAAACAGUUGGUGGCUAAGAUUAAAAAUAGUGAGAUGAGACGAAACUUCAGAAUCACAAAUCAUCAUCCGAGUUACUCAGAUCUGGAAUUGAUUCGACACAAGUGCUUCCGUUAUAGAAAGAGUAGUAGCACUGAUUUAAGGAGGCUGAGUACGCCAGAGGUUGGAGGAAUUAAAGCAGAAACUCCAAAAAGACCAAGCUCUGUUGGACUGCCAGUAAUGAAUGGAAUGAACAGAGAAAUUAUUAGCGUUCCAAGUAUUCAUACACUCAAAUCAACAUCAGAUGCUAACAAUGUCUCGAUUCCUGCUAGUCCUGAUGAUGCUCCAGUGUUUGAACAUUCUGAAGAUGAUUGGGAGGACUGGAAGAAGACAACGUUAACUGGAGCCAACAUUCCAUUCAGUCCUUCUGACCCUAGACGACCAACCAGUCUCAGCAAAAUUGAAAAUGUGCCUUCAAAAUUUGAUUCUUUAGCUUCUUCUGCCCCAUGGUUAAGAAAGUACAGUUCACAAGACAAAAAAUUUGCAUACUCUAAGAAAAGAAAUAGAAAAUUUACCAUUGGUCAAUCAUCUACAGAAUCUAGUCCUGGAGACGAUGUAUCUAUGCCUAUAUCGGAACAUUAUUCCUCUGAUACAGAUGAAAGUGUGACUAGGGCAAGCUCUUCAUUGUCUAUUCAGUCAACUGAUGAAGCAGACACGGAGAUACCAGGCAAUGACACAAAAGGGAAUCCAAUAAAAGAAUAUAGCAUUAGAAAUUUAGAUUUAUCUGGCAACUCUAUUCCAUCACUGGAUAAGCUUGUUGACAAUGGAAGUGAACUUCUGCAGAGAUUUACUAGCUUGGAGUGUCUGGAUCUGAGUAACAACAAUCUAACUCGACUACCUGAUCAGCUGUUCAAGUCGUUAUCUGGUCUGAAACAAUUAAACUUGAGCUGCAACAAACUAACUACAUUCCCAGAUGCUAUUUUGUUAUGCUGUAAUCUCAACUUUCUAGAUCUUUCUUCCAACCAGAUAGAGACUGUUGUCUUGUAUCCAAACAAAAGUUUGUUGCUCACUGAACUGAACCUGAUGAAAAAUAUGAUAACAUAUUUCCCAGUUGGUCUUCAUUUUGCUUUCCCUCAGUUAACUAAGCUAGACAUCAGCAGCAAUGAAAUGAAAGAACUUCCUGUUGACUCAUUGGGUCUUCCUGAGCUCCGUCUGCUAGAUUUCUCUCACAAUUACGUCCAAGUUUUGCCUGAUGCUUUCCUGCAGAAUUGUUUGAAACUGGAAAUGCUGAUAGCUGUUAAUAACAGGCUGGAGAGUUUACCAAAUGAAGCAUUGGCAGCUGAUCUCAUGCGUCUUACAACUAUAAGACUGAGCAACAACAAAAUACUAGAGAAAGAACCUUUUUAUAUGUCAAAGUUUAUUCUAGAGUUACCCAAUGUUAGGGUAGUUGAGCUGGCUUCCAAUGGUAUUCUGGGAUUUCCUCCUCCAUGUCUUUGGAAAAGUCAAAUGUUGAAAGAACUAGUGUUGUCUAGAAACAUGAUUACUAAAUUACAUUUUGAGGGUGUUAGACUUUGGAGCAAGCUAGAAAAACUACAAUUAGCUCACAAUAAAAUUUCAGAGCUCCCUAAAGAAAUAGGACAACUGACUUCACUACAGUCUCUUGACUUGAGCUAUAACAAACUGCUGACAACUCUACCUGAUGAACUGGGCAAGUGCACUCGACUCUGGGAAAUGCCACUUGAUGGGCUUUCAUUAGAUCUGGAUGAUGGACUGCUGAGGGGAAGAGUGAAAGAUUUGGUCAUUUAUCUCCAUAACAGAUUGAAGAAGGCUCAGCGUUAUUUCCGAAUGAAGUUGAUGGUUGUUGGUUAUGGAGGCAGAGGCAAGACAAGUUUGUUACAAGCUUUGAAGAGAAAGAUCAAAUAUCAGUCAGAGAAGCCGCAGGUUACAGUUGGUGUCAUUGUGGAGGACUGGAAGUAUGAAAGACAAAGAUUUGGUAAAGCUGUCACUUACACAUUAAACACAUGGGACUUUGCUGGCCAGGAAGAUUUCUACAGUACACACCAGUGUUUUCUUUCGAACAGAACUGUCUAUUUGGCUGUUUAUGACAUCAGUUUGGGACUAGAUGAGAUUGAUAAGCUAAAACCUUGGUUGUCAAACAUUCAUGCCAGGGCACCAGGUUGUCCAGUCAUUGUGGUGGGCACACACUAUGAUGUCAUACCUGAAGAGGACAGGGAAUAUGUUUUUGCCCAGUUUGAUGUCAAGCUUAAAGAACUUGUUAAUAAACCAGGUUUUCCUGCAAUCAGCUGUUUUGCUCUUAUAGAUUUGACUAAAGAAACUCCAGAACUUCACAAGUUACGGAAAAAAGUUCAAGAGACAGUGGAUCAGUUUAAAAUCAAAGGUCAACCAGUCAUGGGGCAGAAAGUUCCAGCAAGUUAUGUUAGACUUGGAGAACUAUUACAUGAAGAAGCCAAACGAAUACAAAAAAGUUUUCCUGUCAUUAGACAUUCACAGUUGAUUCGAUUGGUUAGGUCCUCCAACCUUGACCUUGAUGAAGAUGGUGAAUUACAGCAGGCAGUUAAUUUUCUUCAUGAAAGUGGUGUCCUUUUGCACUACAAUGAGACCACACUUCAAAUGAGAGAUUUCUAUUUCAUUAAUCCUGGCUGGCUGUGUCGUAUGAUGGCACAAGUUGUAACAGUACCAGAGAUCAAUCCAUUCAUUGACCGCAAUGGGAUAAUGAAGAAGUCAUGUGUGAGCAUGUUGUUUACUGGCAGAGAAACUUCAGGGGAGAGCAACUUUACAUUCCCGUCAUCACUUAUACCACAGUAUUUGCAUUUAUUGGAGAAAUUUGAAAUAGCUUUACCCAGAAAUGAAGAAGAGUUGUUGAUACCAUGUCGACUGCCCUACAGACGUCCAAAUAUAGAAUUACCAGCUCAGGAUAGAUCAGAACUUGUUUAUAGAUAUUAUGUCAUGCCCUACACACCCAUUGGCUUCUGGUCACGUCUGCUGACCAGAUUAAUUGCAUUUUCAGAAAGUCAGCUAGUUGAAAGUAUGUUAUUUAUACAAGAGAAGCCAAAUGUUCAGUUCUGGAAAGAAGGAAUUUUUGCUAAGUGGAACUCAGGAACUUUUUUUCUUGUGGACAGUUUUAAAAGUGAGCUUGAUGAGAUCCAUAUGACAGUUCCCAACACUGCUCAUGGAUGUAGACUAUUAGGCUGCUUGGUUGAUCAUGCUGAGUCCCUGAUAGAUGAAUGGUAUCCUGGCUUAGUGUCCAUUGACCCUUUGUUGGGAAGAGAACUCUUAGAAAAAUUUGUUCCUUGUACUUUAUGUCAGGGUGGACAGCCUUAUUUGUUCAGCUUUAACCAUUUACUUCUUCAUUCUGAGAACCAUUCAGACAUUUAUUGUCCAGGACAUAAAGGAAUGGCAGACUUGGUUAUGUUGGCACCAGACAUAAUGUUGGCAGACAUUGAACCACAUUUUCACUUAGACCUAGAACAGUUUGAAUUUAAAGAAAGUUUGGAAAAUGUGUGUGGAGAUGGAGGAUUUGCCUCUGUUUACAAAGCCAAAUACAAGAGCAAGAAUGUGGCUGUCAAAGUAUUCAAUGCUAUUGGAGACAUACAUCCUCACAAAAUGUUGAGACAAGAAGCCACAAUAUUGCGGAGAUUAAAUCACCCAAGUGUCAUUAGUCUGAUAGCUGUUGCUGUGAGGCCUGUCAGGCUGGUAGUUAUUGAGUUUGCACCUCAUAAAUCUAUUGGUGAAAUUUUCAGAUCCAGCCAACAGUUUAGUCGCAUGAUGCAGUUGAAAAUAGCUCAACAGGUGAGUGAAGGUUUGGAUUACUUGCAUAGUCUGCUCAUCAUCUUUCGAGAUUUAAAACCAGACAAUGUUCUAGUAUUUUCUUUGGCUCCAGAUGCACUGAUCAAUGUUAAAAUAGCAGACUAUGGCAUCUCUCAAUUUACAACAUUGUUUGGAUUGAUGGCACAAGAAGGUACACCAGGUUUUAGAGCACCAGAAGUCAUUAGAGGAGAAACCUAUUCAUUUCAAGCUGACAUUUUUUCAUUUGGAAUUCUGUUAUAUAUGCUUGUGACAGGAGGCAUCCAUCCAUUUGAAGAAUUAGAAUUUAAAAGUGAAAUUGACAAGGCUUUUGCUGAAAAUAUUGCUGUUACACCAAUAACACAGAGAUGCCCUCCUUGGCCAGAUUUUGAGGAAUUAAUAAACCAAUGUCUUCAUCAGGUUCCAGACUACAGACCAAAAGUUCACGAUAUUUUUGAGCGUCUCAGUUCUGCAGAAUUUUUUAGUCUUCGAGAAAUUCUUCCAGUUUCAGUUGGUACUACAGUGGAGUGUAUAGCUAUACAGCAGCAACCUGGUAGUAAAAGUGUGAGGCUUUGGGUGGCCAGUGGUGACAAUGAGUAUAUGCAGUUAACUUGGUUGAGUCUACUGGACUACAAGGAUGAAGUCAUUACUUCAAACAGGAGCAGACAGUCUCUUGAUUAUAGUGUAAAAAAUGGUAUGGGAACCAUGUUUCGAGAUGGUCGAAUUUUGUGUAUCCUGCCAGUCAGCUAUGAAAAUGUGGAUUUCAUUUUACUUGGUACACAGGCUGGAAAAAUCUGGGUAUUUAGUACCAUAACCAAUGAGCUUCUCCAUUCUACUCAGCAGCUUCAGGACUCAGUCCUUUCUUUGUUUGUGGUUCAAAGACACUAUCCAAGGACAGGUUAUCGUCGAGGAGAUGAACCAUUGGUUUUAGCAGGUCUGGCCAAUGGGAAGAUGGCACUCUAUACAAUAUCAGAAAUACUUCAGGAACCAAUUAUGGAUCCUAUUGAAAUCAAUCUUGGAGAAAGCUAUGAGCCUGUUCGAUGUAUAAUUCGUUGCAGUCUGGAUCGGAAGGUGAUUGCCUCCUGUGGAGCAAAGAUCAUUGUGUUAGAAACCAAACGAGGUGUUGCUGUGGAAAAUAUUUUUAACACUUUAGAGAAAAAUGAUGCUGAGUUCAACCCUGUAACCAGCAUGGCUUGUGGAAGGUUGCUGUACGUAGCUCAUCGUAGUUCAACACACAUCCAGGCCUGGGAUGUUUUACAUGGAAGACUUAAGAGCGUUUUGGAUAUCAGCAAAGUAUUUAAUUUGUCCACUAAAGAUAGCCGAGUAACUUCUAUGGUCCUGCAUGAUAAGAUUUUGUGGGUUGGCUCUGGCGGGGGACAGAUUGCCUUGAUUGACACUGUCAACUGGACACCAGUUAUUUGUACACAUCGCCAUACUGCGUCAGUCAGAUGUUUACUCACAGUUAAGAUCAAAGGACUGACUCAAUUUAGUUCUACAUCCACUACUAAAAAUGUAAUAUUGAGUGGGGGAUUAGGCUUUCAAAACAGAUCUGAUUCUGACUCUUAUAAAGACAAUCAAUAUGGAUGUAUUUUAGUAUGGGACUCUGACUUUCCGCAGACUGUGAAACAGUUUUUUGAUUGGUCCAAGAAAAGAAAAGAUCUGAACACUAUAAUAUCUAGAAGUACAACAUGAACAGAUCUGAACAUAAAGUUGAUUUCCCUUUUUUUUUUUAUUUACAGAAUAAACUGAAGCUCCAUCUAGAGAUAUAUUAAUUAAGUAACGAUAUUAACUUAAUUCUUUGUAAAAUCUAUUUCGUUAAUUUAAUUGCUUUUGUAUUGAUCACGUUUUACACAAAGCUUUGUGUAUCAUUCAUUUUGAAAUACAACUUUUUUUGCCUUCUAUCAAAUGUUUCUCAGAGCAUUAAUGUAAACAAUAAAACAAUAAAUCUCUGUUUCCGUUUUGUCCAAAAUGUAUGUCAAGAUGUCACAUUGUUUGUUGUUUUAAACACACAAGUUGAAAACCUUGGAGCACGUAAAGUCCUAAUGAUAUUUGCUCUUACAUUAUGAGUUACCCAUUGUAAUAUAUUUCAUGCAAUAAAUAUUUGUUUUUAAGAUUAUCAAUUAUUGUAUAAGAAAUCCCAUUAUUGGUGUUUUUUGAUAAGAUUGAUUUGUUUCUUCAAUCUGUACCAAUGAAGAGAUUUGUUCAUUUAGUCCUUACCAAUUGAGAGAUUUGUUUCUUCAAUCAUUACCAAUUGAGAGAUUUGUUUCUUCAAUCAUUACCAAUUAAAGAGAUGAUUUGAUUCUUCAAUCAUUACUAAUUGAGAGAUUAGUUUCUUCAAUCCUUAUCAAUUAAAUAGAUUUGAUUCUUCAAUCAUUACCAAUUGAAAGACUAGUUUCUUCAAUCAUAACCAAUUAAAGAGAUUUGAUACUUCAAUCUUCAGUCCUUACCAAUUAUAGAGAUUUGAGACUUCAAUCUUCAGUCCUUACCAAUUAAAGAGAUUUGAUACUUCAAUCUUCAGUCCUUACCAAUUAAAGAGAUUUUGAGACUUCAAUCUUCAGUCCUUACCAAUUAAAGAGAUUUGAGACUUCUAUCUUCAGUCCUUACCAAUUAAAGAGAUUUGAUUCUACAGUCCUUACCAAUUAAAGAGAUUUGAUUCUUCAGUCCUUACCAAUUAAAGAGAUUUGAUUCUACAGUCCUUACCAAUUAAAGAGAUUUGAUUCUACAGUCCUUACCAAUUAAAGAGAUUUGAUUCUACAGUCCUUACCAUUGGAGAUCUCACUUUCAAUCUAUUUGAACAGCUCUUGUCUAACUUGAAAAAUCCACAUCUCUCUAUCCAAGUCCUUUACAUAAAGUCUUUCACUAGCCAGUACAAGUUUUUAGUUGUACUCUUACAAUAUUCUUUAUCCUAAUUGUUUGAUUAGUUUAUUUAUUCUGCACUUUUUACCUAUAUGUACUCACAUGUUUAUGUUUUUUGUGAUGCUUUACAAAUAUGAUGAUUAAAUAGAAAAACUUCUAGUUUCUACUUUUGAGAGAAAUUGUUGGUUAUUGCAUUGUUGUAUUUCAUUUAAUGAUAAUAAUGUGAGACAAAAAUUUUGUUUUGAUGUCAGAAAACUUUCAAAUUGAAUUAUAAAAACAAAAACUUUUUUAAAAUCAAAGACAAGAAACUUGCUUCUUAUUUUUUAAUUUAUUGUCACUUAGAAUCAUCAUUAUUAUGAAAGUACUUAGUAACUACUUACAAUUAUCACUUUUAUGUCAGUAUUUAGCAACUACUUAAAAAUUAUCACUGUUAUAUGUAAGUACUUUGUAGCUACUUAGAAUCACCAAUGUUAUGUAAGUACUUUGUAACUACUUAGAAUCACCAGUGAUAUUUAAGUAACUAUAAUUCAAAACCAUGUUAUGUUUUUCUUUUAAUGAACAUUGAAGGUUGUGCAGUAAAAAUUUGGUAAAUUUCUGUUUUAUUGUGCUGAUGUGCCAUAAAUCGCAAAUCUAGUAAACCAUUUUGUGAUUGAUUCAUAGAAUUAAGGUUCAAGCAAAGAUCAUGACAUUAAUGUUUGUGUUCAGUUAUGUUUUGGUUAUUUACAUUUGUUAACAUCUAUAUCUUUUGUCUGCUGUUUGACCUGUGAUCUGUUUGAUAUAUUUUGUCUGCUGUUUGACCUGUGAUCUAAUGUUUGAUAUAUUUUGUCUGCUGUUUGACCUGUGAUCUAAUGUUUGAUAUAUUUUGUUUGCUGUUUGACCUGUGAUCUAAAGUUUGAUAUAUUUUGUCUGCUGUUUGACCUGUGAUCUAAUCUUAACAUUCAAAGUUAAUAUUUUGCUAUGUCAAUAUACUCUUUAAAAAUAUUUUUUUUAAAUUAACACAAUGUAAAGUAACCAGUUGUUGUAUCUGUGUCUAUUUCAUUUUCACUAUUAUAACACUUUAGGAAAUCUUAGUACAAGCUAUUUUAAAAUCUAUUCAAAUUUGGGAGAAUCAGAUUAAGAUUUUAUUUAAUUUACUUAUCAUUAUAGUAUGACACAUCGUCAUGGGCCUCCUUCAGUUGUGAAAUGACUAUGGCUGUGAAGCCCUAUUUUGGAGAGACACUCCCGUCCACAUAUAUUGCAUGUCAAGGUAGCUUUUGCUUUGGUGGUAGAGGAGCUGGCCAUUUUCCGUGUGGCAUGCUUUUCUUCAAGAGUCGAGGCCCAUGUUUUCUCGCUGUCUAUAGCUUUCUUGACACAGAUAAUAUUUUAAAACCCAACAAUCUAACAAAAAAUGAAAUUCUCAUUUUAUCCCCUUCAAUACAUUUUUUUUUUCAGAUUUUAUAAAAAAAAUAAUUUCUGGAACUUUGGUAACCUUUUAUGUUUCUUCAUAAAAUCUUUUGAUCAUCAGAUUCAUUCCAUCAGAUCACAAAUAUUUGACUUUGUUUUUUCCUCUUCAAACUAGUGGCAAUCACAAUUGAUCCUUACAAUUCUGUUGUGUUCAAAGAAUUCUAAUGUUCUGUUUUGCUUCUCAUUGAGACCUUGUUUAUUUUUUUUUUAUUUUUUUUUACAAUGUAGCGUUUUUGUUUUCACUAUUUUAAAGACUUUUAUUAAUAUGUAAGUUAAGACAAUGGUUCUCAACCAUUUAAGAUCACUAGAACCUUUAAAAUAUUUUGUGUCCAGGUUGUUGAGUAUAGACACUAUGAAAUGUAGUGAUUUGAAGGUAAGUCAUAGUCAUAAGUACAGAAACACUGCUUUGGUCAAUUGAAAGUACAUGUGAUUAACUCAUUGAAAUAUGGUAAACACCAUACAAUGUUUGUAAGGCUUUUCAUUGUUACAUUGUUGUUAGUGUUUUUACAAAUCAAAUUUGUGAUGAAUACCUUUACAAUCAAUAAAAAGUAGGCAAAAUCAGA